ACUUUACGCACCAGCAGCAACAGAGACGCGGCCACGGUGACCGUGACCAUAGUUUUGCCCACAUCCCCGUUCAUCUGACCCGGUCACUCAAAGCUCUAGCAGAAUGAUGCUGCAGCACUCGGGUCCCUCGCUGGCUGACAUCAGCUGCUCCGCCCUGGUGCCCUGCCUGUCCCCGCCGGGCACGCUCACCCUGGACGACUUCACCAACUUCACGCCCAUCGUGAAAGAGGAGCUGCGGCUGGCCAUCCAGACCAAGCGGCUGUCCAACGGGCUCAGCGUGGACAUGAGCUCCGACGGAGCCAGCUCCAGCUCGGACCGUGCCUCCGAGCAGCCCGCCUGCGGGUCGGGCGUCAGGAGAGAGCCGACAUUUGAGGAGCACGAGAGGAGGAAGAGGAGGAGAGAGAGGAACAAAAUUGCUGCCGCAAAGUGUCGCAACAAGAAGAAGGAGAAGACAGAGUCUUUGCAGAAGGAGUCAGAGAAGCUGGAGAGCGUCAACGCUGACCUGAAGGCUCAGAUCGAGGAGCUGAAGCAGCAGAAGCAGCAGCUAGUCUACAUGCUCAACCUGCACCGGCCCACCUGCAUCGUCCGCGCCCAGAACGGCCAAACGCCCGAGGACGAGAGGAACCUCUUUAUCCAGCACAUCAAGGAGAGCACCUUACAACUCCACCACCUCACCUCCUCUGCCACCACCGACUCCUCCUCUUCGUCCACAUCCACCUCCACGGUAGCACCUCUAGACGGCGGGCUUCUGACCCUCGAUCACAUUCAGUGUCCCAGUCACCUAUGAGCCACCGGGUGUUUUUGCCACUUUUCUAAGACUUGCGAUGCUUCCACCUGCUGCCUCCGACGUAGCACAGACUGUUCGAGAUGCAGGUGGAGCCGCCACAUAGACUUAUGACAUGGGAAUGACGAUGACAUAUAACAAACGCCACCUUCGGAUGACUCCUUGGUCUCACUCUGCAUCCACAAAGCUGCUAGAGAGAGUGGCAUAAAGUGACCUCAGCGCCUCCCACUCCCUGAAACCCUAGCUGCUGACUGGACAGGAAAUGACAUGCAAUGGACAGAACCUUGACAUGCAUUACGUAUUUCUUUCUUCCUUUUAAUUUUCUUUUUAAACAGCAUUGCAAACAGUCAGGGCCAAGGACUGAUGCUAAAGCACUAAAAAUCAAGACAAAAACAAACUGCUUUUUUUUU